AUGCAAGUGUCUUCUAUAUUUUCGAUAAUUUCUAUAGUGCAACAUCGCAGAAAACUUUGUGGAGCACAAGGUUUAGUGAAUUACAGAGAUGAUUCCCCGAUUCCGUGUCCCAAUGAUGGCUUUGCCUGGAGGAAAUAUGGACAAAAAACCAUCAAAACCUCACCGCACCAAAGGUGUUACUAUCGGUGUACCUAUGCAAAAGACCAAAAUUGCAAUGCUACAAAGCGGGUGCAGAAGAUCAAAGACAACCCUCCAGUGUACAGAACCACGUAUAUGGGAAAACAUGUGUGUACUGCUUCUGUAGGUCAUGAUGAUACACACAGUUCCAAAAUGAUCCAGUUCGACCAAGUUGUUUCUGAAUUGGUUAUGCCUCAGCUCACAACGAUUGACCACCAAGUAAUUACCAUGGAGGACAAAGUCACACACUAUAUCAUGAACCAAGAAUGUGAUAUCGAUAUUAAUGAUUAUUUGGUGGGUUAUGACCAAAUUUGGGUGAAUGAAUUUCCCCCAUUUCCAUCAGACGACACAAUGUUUUUGGACAACAUCGCUGCUUUUGAUUAGAACCCUAUCUAGGUUUGAACAACAUAUCUAUCAAGCUUUUUAUGUUUUCAUGGUGGAGAUUGAUUGAUUCUUCACUUCUUUUAAUUUCAGGUUCAUGUUUUGUAAUUUAGAUUCAUAUGCUUUAAAUUUACA